GCUGCCCGGGAACCCAGUUUCCGAGGAACUUUUCGAGGGCGCAGGGCAACGUCCGAGGCCAGGGCAGGACGCAGGUGCACAAGCAGCGGCGGCGCUACUCCUCGGGAAGGACCUGUGCAGCGCGGGCCAGGCGGGCCGCCCGGAGGCGGCGGCUGCACCAUGGACGAGCAGCCCUUCAGCGAAGCGGACCUGGAGCAGGCAUUUGCCGAGCCAAGCGAGCUGGACGCGGCACUGCUGACCGACAUCGAAGGUGCGUUGGGACCCGGCAGAGGACAGCCACCUGGGCGCCCCGAGGGGGCGGGGGGCGCGGACCACGGAGCCAUGGAUUGCACAUUCGAAGACAUGCUUCAGCUCAUCAACAACCAAGACAGUGACUUCCCUGGCCUGUUUGAUCCACCCUAUGCUGGGGGUGGUGCCGAAGACCCAGACCCAGCCAGCCCUGGCGCCUGCUCCCCAGGCAGCUUGUCUCCACCUCCUGCAUCACUGAACUCUCCUCUGGAAGCAUUUCUGGGGGGGUCCAAGUCAACAUCCCCACCUUCAUCCCCUCCCCAGCCUGUACUCACCCCACUGAAGAUGUUCUCUUCUGUGCCCCCCUUCUCCCCUGGGCAUGGUAUCAAAGAAGAGCCAGUGUCACUCUCCAUCCUGCAGCCCCCUACCCUGCCAUCUCCAGCCCCACAGCCCUUGCAGGCACUCCCACCCCAGAGUUUUCCAGCCCCAGCCCCAGCCCCUCCACAGUUCAACUCCACCCCUGUUUUGGGUUACUCCAGCUCUCCUGGAGGCUUCGUUUCAGGAACCCCUCCCAGGAGCACCCAGCAGCCACUGCCUAGCCUGCCAUUGGCUUCCCCACCAGGAGUCACGCCUGCUUCCUUACCUGCCCCGGUCCAGAACGUGGCACCCCAGCAGCUUCUGACAGCCACAGCAGCCCCUGGAACAACUACUGUGACCCCACAGAUCCAGCAGGUCCCGGUCCUACUGCAGCCUCAUUUCAUCAAGGCAGACUCAUUGCUCCUAACAACCAUGAAGACAGAUAUGGGGGCCACUGUGAAGGCAGCAGGCAUCAGCUCCCUGACCCCUGGCACAGCUGUGCAGACAGGGCCCUUGCAGACCCUGGUGAGUGGUGGAACAAUCCUGGCCACAGUGCCACUAGUCAUGGAUGCUGACAAACUACCCAUCAACCGGCUCACAGCUGGCAGCAAAGCCCUAGGCUCAGGUCAGAGCCGUGGUGAGAAGCGUACUGCCCAUAAUGCCAUCGAGAAGCGCUAUCGCUCCUCCAUCAAUGACAAGAUCGUGGAGCUCAAGGACCUGGUGGUGGGCACAGAGGCAAAGCUGAACAAAUCUGCUGUCUUGCGCAAGGCCAUCGAUUACAUCCGUUUCUUACAACAUAGCAACCAAAAACUCAAGCAGGAGAAUCUGAGUCUGCGAAGUGCUGUCCACAAAAGUAAAUCACUGAAGGAUCUGAUGUCAGACUGUGGCAAUGGAGGAAACGCAGAUGUGGCCAUGGAAGGUGUGAAGUCUGAAGUAGUCGACACGCUGACUCCACCUCCCUCAGAUGCUGGCUCACCCUCCCAGAGCAGCCCUUUUUCCCUUGGCAGCAGGAGUAGUGGUAGUGGUGGCAGUGGCAGUGACUCAGAGCCUGACAGUCCGGUUAUCGAGGACAGCCAGGUGAAGCCAGAACAGCUGCCGUCUCCCCACAGCCAGGGGAUGCUGGACCGCUCCCGCCUGGCCUUGUGUGCACUCGUUUUCCUCUGUUUGACCUACAAUCCCUUGGCCUCCCUGAUGAGUAGCCGGUGGCUUCCCAGCUCCCUGGAUGCCACCAGUAUCAACCACAGUCCUGGGCGCACCAUGCUGGGUGCUGAGAGCAGAGAUGGCCCUGGAUGGGCUCAGUGGCUGCUGCCCCCUCUCAUCUGGCUGGGCAAUGGGUUUCUGGUGAUGGCCUCCUUGGCACUUCUUUUUGUCUAUGGGGAGCCGGUGACUCGGCCUCAUUCGGGCCCUGCUGUGCACUUCUGGAGACACCGCAAGCAGGCCGACUUGGACCUGGCUCGGGGGGACUUUGCCCAGGCUGCCCAGCAGUUGUGGCUGGCCCUGCGGGCAUUGGGCCGGCCUCUGCCUACCUCCCACCUGGACCUGGCCUGCAGCCUACUCUGGAACCUUAUCCGCCACCUGCUACAGCACCUCUGGGUGGGUCGCUGGCUGGCUGGCCGUGCAGGGGGCCUACAGAGGGACUGUGCCCUGAAGGCAGAUGUGCGAGCCAGUGCCCGGGAUGCGGCCCUCGUAUACCACAAGCUGCACCAGCUGCAUGCCAUGGGGAAGUACACAGGUGGGCAUCUCACUGCCACCAACCUGGCACUGAGUGCCCUCAACCUGGCAGAGUGUGCAGGGGACUCUGUGUCCAUGGCAACAAUGGCUGAGAUCUAUGUGGCAGCUGCCCUAAGAGUCAAGACCAGUCUCCCAAGGGCCCUGCACUUUCUGACGCGCUUCUUCUUGAGUAGUGCCCGCCAGGCCUGCUUGGCACAGAGUGGCUCAGUGCCUCUUGCCAUGCAGUGGCUCUGCCACCCUGUGGGCCACCGUUUCUUCGUGGACGGGGACUGGGCAGUGUGCAGUGCCCCAAGGGAGAGCCUGUACAGCUUGGCCGGGAACCCAGUGGAUCCCCUGGCACAGGUGACUCAGCUAUUCCGUGAGCAUCUCCUGGAGCGAGCACUGAACUGUGUGGCCCAGCCCAGCCUGAGCCCCACUCCGGGGUCAGUUGAUGGGGACAGGGAGUUCUCAGAUGCACUCAGCUACCUGCAGCUGCUGAACAGCUGCUCUGAUGCUGCUGGGACCCCGGCCUGCAGCUUCUCCAUCAGCUCCAGCAUGGCUGCCACCACUGGCACAGAUCCAGUGGCUAAAUGGUGGGCCUCACUGACAGCUGUAGUCAUCCACUGGCUGCGGCGUGAUGAAGAAGCAGCAGAGCGACUAUACCCACUGGUAGAACACCUGCCCCGUGCCCUGCAGGAUACUGAGAUACCUCUACCUAGGGCAGCUCUACACUCCUUCAAGGCUGCCCGUGCCCUGCUGGGUCGUGGAAAGACAGAGUCUGGCCUGGCCAGCCUGGCCAUCUGUGAAAAGGCUAGUGGGUACCUGCAGGACAGCCUGGCUACCACACCAACUAGCAGCUCUAUUGACAAGGCUGUGCAGCUGCUCCUGUGUGACCUGCUCCUUGUGGCACGUACUAGCUUGUGGCGGCAGCAGCAGCCUCCUACCUCAGCCUCGGCUGCCCAGGGUGCGAGUGGCGGGCCCCAAGCCUCUGCUCUGGAGCUGCGAGGCUUCCAGCGGGACUUGAGUGCUCUAAGGCGCCUAGCACAGAGCUUCCGGCCCGCCAUGCGGAGGGUGUUUCUGCAUGAGGCCACAGCCCGGCUGAUGGCAGGGGCCAGCCCGGCACGAACGCAUCAGCUACUGGACCGCAGUCUGAGGCGGCGGACAGGCCCGGGGGGCAAAGGAGGCGCAGCAGAGCUGGAGCCCCGGCCCACACGGCGGGAACAUGCGGAGGCUCUGCUGCUGGCCUCCUGCUAUCUGCCCCCCGGCUUCCUCUCAGCACCGGGGCAGCGCGUGGGCAUGCUGGCCGAGGCGGCACGCACGCUGGAGAAGCUGGGCGAUCGCCGGCUGCUGCACGACUGCCAGCAGAUGCUCAUGCGCCUGGGCGGCGGGACCACCGUUACCUCCAGCUAGCUUCUCAGCGGCGCCCUCGGUCUCCAUGCCUCAAUCGGGGCUGUGCUUCCCUGUGGAUGGAAGACCCUCUGGGACUUCUGUCUCUUGCUCUGGGCAGCCACACGGGCCCGACCCCAGCACCUCGGCCGGCUCGCUACUGGAUGAGUGGAGACCAGGAUGGUGCUGACCUCUGGUGGCAGAUCGGGGAGUUGCAGGCCUCGGGCCUGCAGCGUGCCAUUCCAUGCUCUGCUGGCAUUUAAUGGCUUUUUCUCAUCUAGAGGCAGGAGAGGGGUGCGUUUCCCGAGCUGAGGGGAGCCCUGCACCGAAGCGCCUCUCUUCAUCCUGGACAGACUUGUACAUAGUGUAGAUCCGGGUGACACCCCCUCCCCCCCCCCCCACCCUUGGAGGCUCGUAUGCUACUUUGCCUUUUGCAAACUUUUAUUUUCAUAGGUUGAGAAGUUUUGUACAGAAAAUAAAAUAUGAAAUUAUUUA